AUCUGUACUUGUAAUCAUCAUCGUCCUGGAUUCCUUGUACUCUGCAAAACCCCAUUUCAAAUCAGUACUUCUACCUCCGAUAAUGUCAUCAUCAUCGAACCGUGAGAGCCGGCCUCUGCCGAGAUUUGGCCAAUGGGACGAGAGAAACCCCGCCUCCUUCAACGAAUUCACCGUCAUAUUCGAAAAGGCACGCGACGAGAGGAAGACGGGCGGCGCCACCGGAUCCGAAAUUCUGACGCCUGACAGAUCAGAAUCCCUGCAAAAGUACAAUGGGUAUGAAGAGAAAACAAGUAAAUUCAAGAAUCUCAAGGUAUAUAUAUGACUUACUCGCACAGGUUCCUUGAUUAUCCUGUUUCGAUUUCUGUUGGUGUUCUGAUCUGUUUUGUUCCUCUUUUCAAUCGCAGAAAAAAUGGUUUUGCUGCGGUUGAAUGGAUCAUGAGUUUUUUCGCUUGGGGAGUUGCAGAGAAUUAUGUUGCGUACCUGUUUGUUUCCCGAGAAAAAGAAUGAGAAAUUACAAACAUUUUGGCACCGAUCUAAUAAAAAUAAUCCAGUUCAUAAUAUAAAAAUUCCCUUUUUGUUCUGAAUAUUACUCCAUAUAUAUCAAAUAAUGUGAUUUAAGUUUUGGCUAACAAUCCAACAAACUUAGUGAUAGUUGUCUUCUAUUAAAUGGAAGUAACCUAU